AGGAACUGUUCUGAAUCAGCUGAGAGAAAAUGACUGCAAUCAAGCAUGCUUUACAGAGGGAUAUUUUCACUCCCAAUGAUGAACGCUUGUUGAGCAUUGUGAACGUGUGCAAAGCAGGCAAAAAAAAGAGAAACUGCUUUUUGUGUGCCACAGUGACAACGGAACGACCAGUGCAAGUAAAUGUGGUAAAAGUGAAAAAAUCCGACAAGGGAGAUUUCUACAAAAGGCAGACUGCAUGGGCACUUCGAGAUCUCGCUGUUGUUGAUGCCAAAGAUGCUGUUAAAGAGAAUCCUGAAUUUGACUUGCAUUUUGACAAAGUGUACAAAUGGGUUGCAAGCAGCACAGUGGAAAAGAACACCUUCAUUUCAUGUAUCUGGAAACUCAAUCAGAGAUAUCUUAGAAAGAAAAUUGACUUUAUUAAUGUUAGUUCACAGCUUUUGGAAGAACUGCCUAAAGUUGCAGAAGAAUCUGUUCCAAGUGGAGAGAAUCAAAGUGUAGCAGGAGGUGAUGAAGAGGCUGUGGAUGAAUACCAGGAGUUAAAUGCAAGAGAGGAGCAGGAUAUUGAAAUAAUGAUGGAAGGGUGUGAAUAUGCUAUUUCUAAUGCUGAAGCCUUUGCAGAGAAGUUGUCGAGAGAGCUACAAGUGCUAGAUGGGGCAAAUAUCCAGUCAAUUAUGGCCUCGGAGAAACAGGUGAAUAUCUUGAUGAAGUUGCUGGAUGAAGCUCUGAAGGAAGUUGACCAAAUUGAGCUAAAGCUGAGCAGUUACGAAGAAAUGCUUCAGAGUGUAAAAGAGCAAAUGGAUCAAAUUUCAGAAAGCAACCACCUAAUCCAUCUCAGCAACACAAAUAAUGUGAAGCUGCUGUCAGAGAUAGAGUUCUUAGUGAAUCACAUGGAUUUGGCUAAAGGUCAUAUAAAGGCCCUUCAGGAGGGAGAUCUGACAUCUUCUCGAGGCAUUGAGGCCUGCACUAAUGCAGCUGAUGCCCUUCUGCAGUGUAUGAAUGUAGCUCUUCGGCCAGGACAUGAUAUGCUUCAUGCAGUGAAACAGCAACAGCAGCGGUUUAGUGACUUGCGUGAGCAGUUUGCACGGAGACUUGCCAGUCAUUUGAACAGCGUAUUUGUUCAGCAGUUUACUCAGACCCUCCUUCAACUCUAUAACAGGUCCUAUUAUCUUUCAGUUCCAGGUCACGAUCAGAGUUCUACUCUUGCCCAGCACUCUGUUGAAUUGACAUUACCCAAUCACCAUCCAUUUCACAGAGAUUUACUUCGAUAUGCUAAACUGAUGGAGUGGCUCAAGAACACAGAUUAUGGAAAGUACGAAGGGCUAACAAAGAAUUAUAUAUGGAUGGAUUAUUUAUCACAACUAUAUGAAAGGGAAAUAAAAGAUUUCUUUGAAGUUGCCAAGAUCAAGAUGACAGGCACAACCAGAGAAGGAAAAAAGUUUGGUCUUCAUGGAAGUUCUGGAAAAUUGACUGGGUCUACUUCUAGCCUAAAUAAACUCUCUGUUCAGAGUUCGGGAAACCGUAGGUCUCAGUCAUCCUCACUGUUGGAUAUGGGAAACAUGUCUGCCUCUGACCUUGAUGUGGCUGAUAGAACAAAAUUUGAUAAGAUUUUCGAGCAAGUAUUAAGUGAACUAGAGCCUCUGUGUCUGGCAGAACAGGACUUCAUUAGUAAAUUUUUCAAACUACAGCAACAUCAGAGCAUCUCGGGAACAACAACGAAUGAAGCGGAGGAAAUGGAUGGAGGAACUUUAUCUCGUUCAUACACUUCUGGUGCUCCACAAACAAUAUCAUCUGAGAAGGACAUGAUCCGACAAAUGAUGACAAAAAUAUUUCGUUGUAUUGAACCUGAGCUGAAUAAUCUUAUAGCGCUGGGGGACAAGAUUGAUAGCUUUAAUUCGCUUUAUAUGUUAGUUAAGAUGAGUCAUCAUGUAUGGACAGCACAAAAUGUGGACCCAGCUUCUUUUCUCAGCACAACACUUGGAAAUGUUUUGGUGACUGUCAAAAGGAACUUUGAUAAAUGCAUUAGUAACCAAAUGAAGCAGAUGGAUGAAGUAAAAAUCUCAAAGAAGAGUAAAGUUGGGAUCCUUCCAUUUGUUGCUGAAUUUGAAGAAUUUGCAGCCCUCGCUGAAUCAAUUUUCAAAAAUGCAGAACGACGAGGAGAUCUAGAUAAAGCCUACAUAAAACUUAUUAGAGCGGUUUUUGUCAGUGUUGAGAAAGUAGCUAAUGAAAGCCAGAAAACACCCAGAGAUGUGGUCAUGAUGGAGAACUUCCAUCAUAUUUUUGCAACACUUUCUCGCUUGAAAAUUUCUUGUCUUGAGGCUGAGAAAAAAGAAGCCAAACAGAAAUACACUGAUCAUCUUCAGUCUUACGUAAUCUACUCACUCGGACAGCCUCUUGAGAAAUUAAAUCAUUUUUUUGAAGGUGUUGAAGCUCGUGUGGCACAAGGUAUACGAGAAGAGGAAGUAAGCUAUCAACUGGCUUUUAAUAAACAAGAGCUUCGUAAAGUUAUAAAGGAGUAUCCCGGUAAGGAAGUGAAGAAGGGAUUGGAUAAUCUCUACAAGAAGGUAGAUAAACAUCUCUGUGAAGAAGAAAACUUACUUCAGGUUGUGUGGCAUUCCAUGCAAGAUGAGUUUAUACGACAGUACAAGCACUUUGAAGGGCUGAUAGCUCGCUGCUAUCCUGGAUCAGGAAUUACUAUGGAAUUCACUAUACAGGAUAUCUUAGACUACUGCUCCAGUAUUGCACAGUCUCAUUAAGUUCUAGAAAGGGAAGGAGAAGCUAGCAAAGUUUGUGCCUGUGUAUAAGGGAAUCAAACACUAUAAAUGCUAUUUGUUUUUAAAAGGUGGAUUUCCACGUGUAUGUGUAGUUAACUGCCAUAUGUGUCAAGUUACACUCCUGCUUCAAACAUCUUUCAGGGCAAAAUGAAACCUUCGGGGAUUUGUUGCUCUGCUAUUGCGUUGAAGUACUGUUUGAAAGCAUUAAUUCUGUGAAACACUUUUGGUGUAGUUUUUCCUUCCCCUAAUGUUCAGAUACUUUUAUUUAUAAUCCCUUCUCUUGCUAAAAGCAGUAAGCACUACCUUCAUAGUACGCAAAAAGGAUACUACUGUUCUCACUAAUAUUUUGCAUCUUGGAAAUUAUGUAAGCAUUAAAGACUAUCACAUCUUUUCCCUUCCUCGUUCUGGAUAUGGAUGUGGAACUUUAUGCAGUGGGAAUACUGAAUUCAUGUUCUCGUAUGUAAUGUGACUAUGGCUAUGAUUCUUAAUUAAACUGUGUUCAACAUA